GAUCUCUCCAUGCUCUUGAUACGCAUUCCUACAUAAUUCAACUCAUUUUCAUUAGAGAUUUGUGGUAUCAGUCCUCAUUAACUUCAUUACGCCGCCCUUACGCCAAGCGGACGAUUGUUCCAAAUACGACGCAUCUCGAUAUCAACGUUUCUUGAUCGCUUCUGUUUUCUACCCUUAUAAUCCGUUAAAACACACCAGCUAUUUGUAAUGGAACGUAUGUUGCAGUCGUCGGAUUCAUCUUCGGAGCAGCUCACUACGUUCUCUUGUUUUGCAGAGCUUCCAACGGAGCUCCGUCUCAAAAUCUGGCAUUUUUACAUGCCCGCUCCUCGGGAUCUAUGCAUCAAAUCUAAAAAUUAUCAAAGCAUUACGGGGCGAUUUUCAUUUCGUGGUUGGUUUAUUGACAGCGCUAGCUUAAUCACUGGUGGUGGUGAUACUAGCGCUAUCCCGACAAUACUCCAUGUCAAUAGCGAGGCGCGAGAGGUCGGAUUGACAAGAUAUGAAUUAGCUUUUAGCUCUUACCACAGAGCAGGAACCGCAUACGUUGAUUUUGAAAGAGAUAACAUAGAUUUGACUCGGGCGGGUUCCAAUUGUGUAUUCAUGUUAGUUGGAGGUCGUUUCGAGGGUAUAGAUGAUGUAGAAAAGGUCAGAAAUCUGGAGUUCACGGUGCAGCCACAUUUCUGGGAUUCAAACGAUUUUUGUUGGAACGAGGUCAUGCAAUUCAGCGGAUUAAGAAGAUUGAGCUUGAGAAUAUAUGAAAGUUUCAUAGACGAGAGCGAAAUUCCCAAUUUGAGAAAUGGACUGGAGGAUUUCGCGCGGCGAAAUACCGAGUGGAAAUUGCCAGAUAUUAGGAUAUGGUUUGAUAAAUUGGGUAUGAAAAAAUGGGUAGCUUUAGAACUUUAGAUGGUUCGUUCUGUAUUUAUUACUGUAGAAGAAAUCUCUCUUUUUAACAAUGAUUGUUGUUUUGGAUUUGAGCA